AUGCAUGCGCCGCGGGCCCUGCUCUCCGCCGUGUUCCUCGCCUGCUGCUUCUGGGGAGAUCUGCCGGGCUGCCAGCAGGCGUCCAUCCCUCCGCGGGACGCGGCCCGGGGCAUGCGGAGCCGCCGGGAGGGCAAAGCGCCGCGCUCGCCACGAGAGGCAGCCGCGGCCGGGGCCAGGAAGGGGAGCGCCGCCGCGCCGCGCGUGGAGCCCCACGAGUACAUGCUCUCCCUCUACCGGACCUACUCCGUGGCCGAGAAACUGGGCAUCAACGCCAGCUUCUUCCGCUCCUCCAAAGCCGCCAACACCAUCACCAGCUUCGUGGAUCGGGGCCGAGACGAUCUUUCGUCCAGCGCUUUAAGGAGACAGAAAUAUUUGUUUGAUGUAUCGACUCUAGCAGACAAAGAGGAGCUGGUGGGAGCUGAACUGCGGCUCUUUCGCAGAGCCCCCGGCGAUCAUUUCUCCAAGGCUCAGACAGGCCUGGCCCAUUUGCAGCUCUCGCCCUGCCUCUCUGGCCGCCUUCUGGACUCCAGGACCCUGGACCUGCAAGAGGCGUCUGGCCAAGCCGGUGGCAGCUGGGAGGUGUUUGAUGUGUGGCAGGCCUUGCAGCAGCACCGCCACCAGGCUUGGAAGCAGCAGCAGCAGCACCACCCCCUGUGCCUGGAGCUACGCGCCGUCGAGGGGCCUCGAACUCCCCAGCCGCAGUUGCUGGACCUGCGCGGCCUGGGCCUGGGGCGCAGCGCGCGGCCGCAGCAGGAGAAAGCGCUGCUGGUGGUUUUCACCAAGUCGAGGCGGAAGAAUCUCUUCGCGGAAUUCCGCGAGGAGUUGGCCGCCCAGCCCAGCGCGCAUGCGCCCUACCCGGCAUUGCCGGCUCCUUCCCGGCUGCGGUUCAAGAGCCGUCGCCAAAGGCGCACGGCGUACAACAACCGCCACGGCAAGCGGCACGGCAAGAAGGCCCGGCUGCGCUGCAGCAAAAAGGCCCUGCACGUUAAUUUCAAGGAGCUGGGCUGGGACGACUGGAUUAUUGCCCCUCUGGAGUACGAAGCCUACCACUGCGAGGGCGUGUGCGACUUCCCCUUGCGCUCGCACCUCGAGCCCACGAACCAUGCCAUCAUCCAGACGCUCAUGAACUCCAUGGACCCGGGCUCCACCCCGCCCAGCUGCUGCGUGCCCACCAAGCUGACGCCCAUCAGCAUCCUCUACACCGACGCCGGCAACAACGUCGUCUACAAGCAGUACGAGGAUAUGGUGGUGGAGUCUUGCGGGUGCAGGUAG